AUGUUAGUCCUUGUUCUUGGAGAUUUACACAUUCCACAUCGAUGCAGCAGUUUACCACCAAAAUUUAAGAAGCUGCUCCUACCCGGGCGCAUUCAACACAUAUUGUGCACUGGAAACCUUUGUACCAAGGAGUCAUAUGAUUAUCUCAAAACAUUGGCUAGUGAUGUACAUGUAGUGAGGGGAGAUUUUGAUGAGAAUUCUACAUACCCAGAACAAAAAGUGAUAACAGUGGGUCAGUUCCGCAUUGGCUUGAUUCAUGGCCAUCAAGUAGUACCGUGGGGAGAUGAAGAGUCCCUGGCCUUAGUGCAACGACAGCUUGACGUCGAUAUUUUGAUAUCUGGCCACACGCACCGAUUCGAAGCUUAUGAACAUGAAAACAAGUUUUAUAUCAAUCCUGGUUCAGCGACUGGAGCCUAUAGUCCACUUUUCAGAAAUCCAACACCCUCCUUCGUGCUUAUGGAUAUCCAGAGUGCGACAGUUGUCACAUACGUAUAUAAACUACUAGGCGACGAUGUUAAAGUAGAAAGAAUUGAAUAUAAAAAAGCAUAG